AUGCGUAAUGAAUCUCUGGAUCAUGGCGUGGGCUACCAACGCGAGCCGGAGCCUGACCCUGAGACUGCUCGGAAGUGGAUCGCUGCGUACUUUGAUGAAAGUUUGGAAUCCAUCUAUGGAGUCAUUCACCGACCUCAGUUCGAAGCCCGCAUUCGCCGACAUUUCGCGAGCAGUUUGAAUGACGACGACAACGACCCGGCUUGGUAUGCUCUUCGCAACGCCGUAUAUGCGACCGGGUGUCGAUAUGUGCUCUCCGACCCUCAGCAACCUCAAUCUUUCCUUGCUGCCCGGUCACAGUCGUGGAAGUACUACGAGAAUGCGUUAUCUGUCCAUACAGACCUACUCUACACCAAAACAAACCUUACCUCCAUUCAGGCUUUAAUCAUCAUGGCUUUCUUUGCAGAAGCUCUGGGUAGUCCCACACUAGAAUUUAUACUGGUAUUGAACGCGACCAGGCUAGCCCAGUUGAAGGCCAUGCACCUCGAAGUCAGCAAGAGCUGGAAUCUCUCGGAAGAAAGCACUAUGGACAGGUAUUGGCUGUGGUGGACUCUUUACGCUUAUGAAAAGCAUCUGGCUUUCCGAUCAGGUCACCCAUCGACGAUUGAUGACGAAGACAUUAGCUGUCCUCUUCCUCAAAGCACCAAAUCUGAGAAUCCUGUCAAGGCAGAAUUUUGCUUGGGCAUCAUCAAACACAGCCAAUUAUGUUCGCAGGUUCAAAAACGGCUGUGGACAGUCAAGGCUCUGAGACAGUCUCCGAAAGAGACUGUUGCUGUUGUGGAAGACCUCCAACGGCAGCUUGAGAAAUGGCAUCAAAGUCUACCGGCGGGAUUUCGCCAGGCGGCUCCUUUCAAGAACUUGGAAUUGCCACCCGACUUCCACUUCUACCAUGGUAUUUAUUACCAUUUUGCUUACAACGCAGUACAGAUCGCCAUAAACACUGCUCUAUGCUAUCCUUGGGUCCGAGCUGGACACAGAGAUCUGGCAGACUCAAACAUUCAGCGACAACAACGUCUUUGCUUGGUUCGUGUGGCAGAAGCCUCUCGCAGUAUUAUCACAGCGACGCAACGUCUCGAUGUCAAUGCAACGUCUCCCGUCUCGUAA